AUGAGAGAAAGGCUUGAGAUGGAAAAACUGAAAAUUGAAAUGGUCAAAGAAGAAAGCAACACUAAAGUCCAGACCAAAUCAGAUUAUUUUGAUGCAGCAAAAAAUAUACGUUUGGUUCCAAAAUUUAGUGAAAAAACAGUCGAUAAAUAUUUUCCACAGUUUGAGAAAAUUGCUAAUAAUUUAAAAUGGCCAAUGCCGUAUUGGACUACGAUGCUGCAAAGUGUUUUUGAGGGUAAGGCCGCUGAAAUAUAUUCCGCACUUCCAUCAGAAAAAAGUUCUGAUUAUGAUAUUGUAAAACAGGAAGUUUUGAAAGCUUAUGAACUAGUACCAGAAGCAUAUAGACAGAAAUUUAGAUCUUAUAAAAAGUUUGAUUCACAAACAUAUGUGGAAUUUGCUCGGGAAAAAGAAGAUCUUUUUGAUAAAUGGCUUACGUCAAAGAAAACAGAUAACAAUUUUGAUAACCUAAGACAAUUGAUGUUAUUAGAAGAGUUCAAACUAUGUGUUCAUUUAGACUUAAAAACACAUUUAGACGACAAAACUGUCGAGUCAAUACAUGAUGCAGCUGUCAUCUCAGAUAAUUAUACUAUUUCACAUAAAAGAAGUUUCAAGGGUCAAAAUGUUUAUACUUCCAGUGGAAAUUACAAAAAUCAAAGCACUGAGCGUACUGAUAGUAAGCCUGUUGCACAGAAUAAGAGUCAGUCCAGUUAUAAUAUGUCUAGUCCAAAAUUUGAUACUUUUGAGAAGAAGUCACUGACUUGUGCUUAUUGUAAGAAGAUUGGUCACCUGAUGGCUGAUUGUUUUAGACUCCAGAAGAAGAAUGAACGAGAUAAUAAGCCGAAGACCAGUGCUUGUACGACACCUUAUAUUACCAGUACAUUGGAAUGCCCUGCGCGUCAGGCUUUUAAGUCCAGUUUUUGUGAUUACAUGGAGGAAUACAAACCCUUUAUGUCUGAUGGGUUUGUUUCUAUUGUUGAUGAUACCACUCUUCAUCCUAUUAAGAUUUUACGGGACACUGGAGCUUCUCAGACUUUAUUGUUAGAAGGUGUGUUGCCUUUGUCCGAGAAUACUUCUGUUGGUGCCUCCGUUUUGUUACAAGGUGUAGAGUUAGGUUGUAUAGAUGUUCCUCUCCAUCGUAUUUAUCUGAAGUCAGAUUUAAUAACUGGACCAGUUGUUGUAGGUGUUCGUCCUAAUCUCCCUGUCGAGGGUGUUACAUUAUUGCUAGGAAAUGAUCUAGCUAGGAACAAAGUGGUUGCUGAACCAAUUGUUACCAGUGAACCGGUGGUGGAUGUUAAAUCACCUGAAGAUGAUGCUGAAUUGUAUCCAGCUUGUGUUGUUACUAGGGCAAAUGGCUAG